AUGGUUAAUAUUCUACCCAUUGCCAUAGAUGUCUGUCUUAUCGUGGUUACAGCUCCGUGGGAUUUGUUCAUUAUUUUUACAAUGAUAUCUGACAGAGUGAAAAACAAAAGGCUUGGUAUAUCUGAACAACUGAUCUGCGGCAUCAGUGUUUUAAACUGUUUUUUUUACUUUCUGAAAGUCAGCAGAUACGUCAAACUUUUGCUAAUCAUGCACAACAUCUUCAUUUUCAGCAGGAGAUAUAAAGUCUCAGAGCUCAUUUUUCAGCUUACUACAGUGUCCUGCAAACUCUGGGUUUCCACCUGGUUGUGCACAUACUUUUGUCUGAAAAUUGUUAAUGUCAACCACAAGCUCUACAUCUGCCUACAAAGACUUUUUCCCAAAUUAUGUCCGUGGGUACUUAUUAUAUUGAUAUUUUCAUCUUUCAUCCUAAGUCUUACUGCAGUGUGCCUGAAUGAUGAAAAACUUCUAGAUACUGGCUCCUAUCAAAAUGUAUCUUUCAAUACAGUGUUCCAAAGUGACAAUUUUACUAUGCAAUUAUAUAUCAUGUUCUGCUCAGCUGCUAUUCUGCUGUUCACUUGUUCGGCUUUGACAAUUAUUGGCUCUCUGUGCAGGCACAUGUAUCGAAUGAAGCACAACUUAAAUGGAACCAGAACAAGCAAUGUAGAGACUCAUGUUAGGGCAUCCAAGACACUUGUCAUCCUCCUGUUUACCAAUUUUAUCUGGUUUAGUGUUGCAUUUGUAGUAGCUUCAGUAAGAGAUAUCCAGACAAUUUGGCAAGGUGUACUUCCUUCUUUCUUCACACUAAGUACUCUCCUCAGCUCUCUAAACCUAAUAACAGGAAACAAUGCACUUAACAAAAAACUGUCUGCUAUUUUAAAAUGCUUACCUUGUUUUAGUCAAGCUUAGAAGAUGCCUUCC